AUGUCUGCAAUAGACUACAUUCUAUUUCAAGAUCACUAUAAGGAAAAUGUUAUCAAGAUUGAAAAACAAGAAAUAAAUAGCAACGUCUCUGACCAUACUCCACUGAUGUUGUCAUUGAAAUGUGACAUAUCCUUUAAGAAGAUGAAAGAACGUACUAAUACAAAACACGUCAAAGUUAAUUGGAAUAAGGUGGACAAGAAUGAAUAUAAAACUUUGAUUGAUGAUAAAUUAGAGAAAAUCAAACCUAUCUCAGAAAAAUUGAAUUUAGAUCAAGCAUUUGAUGAAUUAAACAAAAUUCUAUCAGAUACAACUUCAAAAAUUGCUCUAAGAAAACAAAAGGGUAAGAAAAAGAAGAAACUUCCAGUGAUGAAUGACGAAAUCUUACACGCUGUGAAAAGAAAGAAAACUGCCUUCUAUAUUUGGAAACAACAAGGUCGACCAAAAGAACCUGAUAACCUCUAUCUUAAGGAAAAAACAAUCACCACAUAUGAUCUCAGGACACUAUGUAGAAAAGAGCAAGCACUAGAAAGGAUUAAUACUAGACAACAAAUCUUGGAUGCUAAAUCCAGUGAUACAACAUUAUUUUAUAAGCUAGUUAGAAAACAGAGGGGGAAAAUGGGUAGAUUUAUUGAAGAACUUAUAGUUGAAAAUGAAACAUAUCAAACAUCUGACAGUGUAUUGGAAGGAUGGACAAAACAUUUCGGAGAUCUUGCCAAAAAAUCUAACUAUCAAAACUUUGAUCAGAAUCAUUUAGAAGCAGUUGAGGUUGAAACAGAAAUAAUAUUAAAAAUAUGUAAGGAAAAUUAUUCACAUGAAAAAGUCUCAAUCCAAGAACUGAAAAAUGCUGUAAAAAAAUUAAAUACAAAUAAAGCUAUGGACUUUUAUGGAAUCACUGCUGAAAAUUUCAUUUAUGCCAGCGAAACACUUUUAGAGUAUCUUCAACUUUUAAUUAACACAAGUUUUGAACACUGCUACAUACCAAAUUUACUAAAAAUUGGAACCCUUUUUCCUGUUUUCAAAAACAAAGGUGACAUUAAGAAUGCUAAAAAUUACCGUGGGAUCACUAUAACACCAACUUACUCGAAGAUAAUAGAGAUUAUAAUUAAAGGAAGGGAAAAUAAUAAGAUUUUGGAACAUCAAAACCCUCUACAAAAAGGUUUUACGGCAAAAUCCACUCCAUUGCUUUGUGAACUGUUCAUUGAGGAAUUUGAAAGAGAAAAUAAAGAUCUCAAGUUACCAACCUAUGUUGCAUUACUGGAUGGAAAAUCUGCUUUUGAUGUUGUAGUUCAUAAAAACCUGAUACGACGUCUUUUUCAAAUUGGAUUCUCACAGCAAUCUAUUUUACUGAUCAGCAAUUUAUAUGAAAAUGCAACAUCCUGUGUAAAAUGGGGCAAUACAAUUUCAAAUCGAUUGUUUAAUAUUGAACAAGGUGUAAGACAGGGUGGAGCCAUUAGUGCUGACCUCUACAAAGUUUAUAUCAACCCCCUACUACAAAUUCUCAGCAACUCUGGACUGGGAGCCAAAAUUGGAAAUAUAAACUGUUGUGCGCCAACUUGUGCUGACGAUAUUGCCUUGAUAUCCAACAAUCCUUUUGAACUCCAAAAUAUGAUAAAUUUAGCAGUUGAUUUCAGCCAAAGAGAGGGAUAUCUACUACAGCCUCAAAAAAGUGUAGUCUUGCCAAUCAAAACAUGUAAUAAAAUGCUAGAUGUUGAACAAGGUUUUUGGAAACUUAAAAAUAUAGAUAUGCCCAUUGUCCAAGACUCCUCUCAUAUUGGAAUAAAAAAAUCUCAAAAAGAUUCUACUAAUGCAACCAUCACUGAAAAUAUAAAAAAGGCCAGAAGAUCUAUGUACAGUCUUAUGGGUGCUGGAUUACAUGGGGAAAAUGGAUUAGACCCGGAAACAGUAGUCUCCUUAUUUAGAACAUACAUAUUGCCAGUUUUGACCUACGGCCUAGAAGUCUUGAUACCAACAGGCAAAAAUUUAGAUCUUAUACAACAGCAACAUAAAAGAUGGAUUAAACAGAUUUUAUCUCUCAAACUAAAUGUGGCUGACCCGGCUGUCUAUAUGUUAUCAGGUUUGCUCCCACUUGAAGCAGAGAUCCAUAUUAAAAUUAUUACACUAUUUGGGAAUAUAACCAGAUCUGAAAGAUCGUCCUUAGAAUGGAGAAUAGCUGAACGACAACUUCAAAUUAAAACCUACUCAAGCAAUAGCUGGUUUAUUGAUCUAAAAAAGAUAUGUGGCAAAUAUGACAUCAUAGAUAUAGAACAGUAUCUUGAUAAGCCAUUAACAAAGAUUGAAUGGAAGAGAUUCAUAACCAAAAAGAUUCAUAAGUACUGGGAGGGUGACAUAAAGACCAAAAUGAAGGGGUACUCAACUCUAAAAUAUCUUAAUUGUGAAUAUGACAUUGGCAGAAUUCAUCCUUUACUUAAAACAACAAGUGCAAAUAUAACGGAGAUCAAGAAACUGUCAAUCUGCACUAAAUUUGCUACGGGAACCUACAUACUACAAUCUAAUAAAGCGGAAUAUUCAAACUAUGCAACAAAUCCGAUGUGUAGACUCUGUAAUAAAGCUGACGAAACCAUUGAACAUUUUAUCUUGUUGUGUGAAACAACUUCACAAAUAAGGUCAUCCCUUAUCGUCAAAAUUCUACACGAAGGUAGUCUGGUCUUAGCAAGAUAG